GAGCCAGCCAGCCCCACGGCACUGAAAGCUGUACACAAAGCAGACCCGCUGAACCUCAUCAUGUCUCAGACCACUAAAUCCGCCUCCAGCCAGGGAACCGAUGCCAAGGACAAGGGAGCCCCUGCCCCUGCUGCCAGCAGCAAGGCCACCAAGACCGGAGAGCCCGGUAUGAUGGGCAACUUCAGAAUCAUGCUGUUCGAACAGGAGAACUUCCAGGGCAGGAUGAUCGAGGUUCAGAACGAGUGUGUGAACGUGUGUGACCAAGGAAUGGACAGAGUGCGCAGUAUCAUUGUGGAGUGUGGCCCCUUCGUGGCCUUCGAGCAGUCUAACUUCCGUGGGGAGAUGUUCAUCCUGGAGAAGGGGGAGUAUCCUCGCUGGGAUACCUGGUCAAACAGCUACCGCAGUGACUGUCUCAUGUCCCUCAGACCUAUCCGCAUGGACAGCCUGGAGCACAAGAUCUGCCUGUUCGAGCUGUCCGACUUCAAGGGCAACAAGAUGGAGAUCCAGGAGGAUGACGUGCCCACCCUGUGGGCCCACGGUUUCUGCGACAGAGUGGGCAGCGUGAAGGUUCCCGGAGGAGCGUGGGUGGGAUACCAGUAUCCCGGCUACAGAGGCUACCAGUACCUGUUUGAGUGCGGCGACUAUAGACACUACAACGAGUUUUGUGCCUUCCAACCUCAGAUUCAGUCCAUGCGCCGUGUGAGGGACAUGCAGUUCCACCAGCGCGGCUGCUUCAACCUCACCUCUGCCAAGUGAACAGGUCCUGCUGCAAACCGGUGGCAUAGCAACCAGCCUUCCCACGGGCGCUUUUUAUCCCCCCAUCCAGCCCUCCCUCCACCCCCAAUAUUUCUCACCUCUCCCCCAACAGAAUAGCAUGACAUCAUUGUAAACGGACAUCUGACGUGACUUUUUAUGAUGCCAAAAAAUAAACAUGUUUUGAAAAACCUAAA